CCUUCUCACAAUGGGCUUUUUCCAGGUAGCAUGGGCAUUUCUAUGCGUGUUCGCGCUCCAAUCUAGCAUAGUCGUAGCCGGUACAUGGUAACAGUGACUAGUAACGGUACAUGCCACUUACAUUCGCAGCAUCAAACACUAGCGUCCCACGCACCUACGGAAUCAUUCUUUUCCGCAUGUUCGACAUGCUCGAUGUAUACGGUCCCUCUGAAAUCCUCCAAUUCAUUGGCGGCUCCUACAAAACCGAUAUAGUCUACAUCGCCGAGACGCUCGAUCCCGUGACCACGCGGCCUGCCCUCGCCGCCAUGAAUCCCCUGAACUCAUCUGUGUAUCCGACUCUCACACCAACCCACACGUUCGAGACGGCGCCGCCACUCGACGUGCUCAUCAUCCCAGGCGGACCGGGCUGGCGCAACCCCACCACCCUGAAUGCCACCAUGCAGUAUAUCCGGGAUACGACACCCAAAGUCCGCCAUGUGCUUACCAUCUGCACUGGGUCGGCACUAGCAGCGCGUUCUGGGAUUCUCAACGGCAAAAGGGCAACGUCGAACAAGUUGUCGUGGGUCACGACGGUGGAAAACAACCCCAACACGACGUGGGUGCCAAGCGCGCGCUGGGUGGAGGAGAAUGAGAGUUCGCCGCCUAUCUGGAGCUCUUCAGGAGUCACGGCGGGUAUCGAUAUGAUGUUGCAUUGGGUAGAGAAGACGUAUACGCCUGAGAAUGCGACGACGAUUGCGAGGUUUAUCGAGCAUGUGCGGAUUACGGAUCCGAGUGUCGAUCCGUUUGCGAGGAAUGAGACGAUUGCUGGAUAG